UUAAAGUAAUUUUGUACUUUCUUGUUUACUACAAGACGAACAAGUCAGGAAUGGAGUCCAAGCUUUGGUAUUUGUGUUGGACAGCACUUCUAAAUUCAGGUGUUACUGCCAAAACAUUUGAAUGCAGAUCCCUAGCCACCAUUGACGUUACUCCAGAAAGACGAUAUAUUGCGGAUGUGAAGAUAUACGAACCAACAGAGCACACCCUCAUCGCUUCGUUGUAUCCAAACAUGAAAAUUUUCACAAACACAAGUUACACAGAGAAAUCAAGGUUGUUUUGUUAUACGUUCAGCACAAAGGCAAACUGCAGUCCAACGAACGCAAACAUGACAACGAUCAUUGAUUUUAGCACCAACAUCACCUUGCCAAUAAAUCAAUAUUUAUAUAUAACCACUACCUUCACCCAUGGCGCGAUAAAAAAGAUUAAUCAGACAUUGCCAUGCGUUCCAGUUAUCAUAACAUCUUCUGGCAUCAAAUUAAAUGGAGCAAUGGUGAUGCUGAUGGCAAACGUGUUCUUUUUCAUUAACAUGCUGUAAAGAGACUACGAAACGGACUGGCAAUUUUUAAUUCAGUGGCUAACACUGAAAUUGAAUGAUUUGGGCACUAAGUUUAUCAGCACUGUUUGUGUUUUUUAUUGUUUUUUUAAAGGGUUUGUUUAAACAGUUUUUAAACAGUUUAUUUGAAAAAAACUUGUUUUAGCAAAAAAGAGUGUAUAUUUUGGUUAUAACUCGUUAUAAAUUAAUAAAUAUAACAAUAUAAAUGUCAGA